AUGAGAUCGCUGGGCCAAUUAUUGGACAGCAACAAUAGUUGUAACGACUAUAUUGAUUUUUAUUUAAGUCUCUCAUUUGCAUCAUCUUCAAUUGAACACAAACAAGGAGAAGAAGAAAUCAACAAGGAAGAAGACCAACACUUUGAGUGUUCUUCUUCUCCUUGUUUGUCCUCUCAACCAGAAACAUCUUCAUUGAAGAAACAAAGAAGACGUAGAAAAUACAAGAAGACUGUUAUAAACCUGGACGACUACGAGGUGGAAGAUUCUUCGUCAAAGAAAGAUUGUGAAUUACCAAGAAACGAAGAACAUUACUACGAGUUAAAUCAAUUCAACUCGGAGAGCAGAAAACAAUUUGAAAAUGUUGUAAAUUCAUUGACCUCCAUACAUAAAUUUCAAGAAAUAAAAAUUGAUUUCCAAAAGUUCGAACAGCAUUAA